CUUCUAUGUUUUUCAAUUGCCUUACGAAAUUUAUUUGUUGUGAGAGUAUAUAUAAAUCAACAUGAGAAACAAUCUUGAAGGUGUUAAUCGUCUAACUGAUGAUGAUUUUACAACCUACCAUGAAAAGUUGGGAACUUAUGGUUUCAUAUAUGUGACAAAAUCUCAAAGAUAUAUCGGUUUAAAAAGGGAUUGGAUGGCGUCCUACACUAUAGAUGGUUCAGAGGACUGUUCAUUCAGAGUCAUGCAAUCUAAAGAAGUAACCAAAGAUGGCAUAUUGUCGACACAUAAAGUAUAUUUCCAACUCUUAUGUAAGUUAUCUUCAAAAUGUAGCUGCAUUCAUUUUAGAAUACAAAAAGACGAAGCUUUUCUUGCCUCUCCUGCUUUUUGUAUCAAUCUAGAUAGAGACUUUGAAUAUAUUAAGAAAAAGCAUAAAAAGAGUAUUAUUGGAUCGGGUUAUGUUAUGGAAACACGUGCUUAUCAUUAUAGCAGUGGAAAAAUAAGAGGUCUACUUGUGUUGGAAGAGGUGAGAAAGAGAGGAGAUAACGAAAAGCCUUGUAGGGUAAUUGUGGCACACUAUUUUACUGUUUGUAGCUUUAAUAUUUUUAGUAUCAAUAAUAGAAACGUUGGUCUUUGUGUGAUUAUAAAUAUUGAACCAUGUGAGAAAGUUGGUUUGAAGGUUACAGUGGAAGGCCCUAGUCAUCACCCUACUGGAGCAUUACAUAACAUGUUUGAACAAGUAAUGAAAAAUGAGAUUUGGAAGCCAACUAUGUUAUGUUCUAACUUGUCAAACAUUGAAAGGCAGCUGUUCCGGCGGCAACCGGAGAGAGAAGAUGAUGAUGUCAGUUUUCCGCCACCGCGAGGUCAUGGUGGUAAGUCCAAGAGAGCAGUUGUUAUAGACAGUGGUGGUUCAGUUACUGGCAACGGCAAUUGUAAUGUUGUGAUCGGUGAUAUGAAUAUUUAUAAAUAAUAACUAGACUUGUUAUGAUGCUUCACCAUAUUGUAUAUAUAGCACAUAGCUGUAUUGUAUUAAUGUAAGAGAAACAUGUCACAUUUUCUAUCUAUAAGGUCAAGUUAGUUAUGAGCUUCUUCCUUGCUAAUAUGCUAUCAAACGCAAUUUUUUUUCUCAUUUUCUCUUCGAUACAGAUUUCCUUUCAUAGAUUCUUGCAUAUUCUACACAUUAUUCUUUUUUGUAUUUGAUUAUGCACUUUAUAUCAAUCAUUCAUCAUGUAAUUAUUGUUAGAAUAAUAAUGCAAGUGUAAGUAAGUGGGGAAAUGACUUAUAUUGGAUAAGAAUGUGGUGAGUUGAAGAUUUAUAAGUGGGAGAAUCCACUCACCUAUCAACAGUCGAAGCACUGAUAUGCACCCAGGAUUAGCUCAAAGGAUCAUCUUCAUCCUUGAUUACAAAUGAAGAUUUUGAUAUUCUCGAGAGAUUUGAGCAAGAAAAUGAUGCUAGCUGUUCAACAUCUUCAAUCUCUGUUGCACUCGAACAGAACUUAACGGUUUGACGGCACCAAAAAGGCCUAUGUAAGGUUGACUCCUGAUUAUGAUGUAUUAGAUGUAGCAAACAAGAUUAUGAUUAUCUAAGGUGUUGUCUGCUUCAAAAAUUAGGUUGAAGUGAUUAUGGAGGAAAUUGGUUUAUUGGUAUCAAUUGGAUGUUGGUAGGCAAUUCUGUUUCGAGUGUUAUUAGUAUCUAGUUUUUUUCUUGAGCAAAUUAGUCUGUGCUUUUGUUUUUCCUACAUUAUUUUGGUUAUGUAUUGGAGUUGUAUUGAUCUAGACUGUAUUCGUUUGAAUUGCUGGUGUACUUAUUUUAGAGACUAUUUCUUUUUCACUUUCUAAUGGAAGUGUUUUUAAUCAAGAU